GCAGAGCCGGGGGACGGGGGAGGGUGGAUUGCUUUAAACUACGCCUCUCCAUCGCCGCCUCUUUCGGAAAGCAAGAGAAAAUGGUGGGAAGUCAAACAAAACUUAAAUAAACAGACAACUUGUCCUAGGACCUCAACUAAGCAGAUGAAACCUCAUUGUGCGCGCUGAGCCUGCAGUUCCCAACUUUCCGGGGAAAAUGGGAGGACAGGGCAACAAAGGGCACGGCAGCAAUGUCUGGCAGUAAACGCUACAGCACCUAUCCAGGCGGAAGAGCACAGGACUAAAAACCACGCACCGACUCGCUAGGGUCCACAGCCGAGAACCGCGCACCCAGCUCACCAACCACGUGACAAGUCCUUUUUUUUUUUUUUUUUUUUUAAACUUCUUUUCCCUUAAAAAAAAGAGAGGGAGAGUGAGUGAGCGAGAGAGACUCCACUUCCCAGAAGCCUCUUGUUACCCACGCAGCCGCAGUCUUGCGCAGGCGCCGCCAGGGCCAAACGGACACGUCGGUCACGUGAACAGUAGCCGGCCAAUCCGGUUUGAAUCUCAUUUUUUUCUUCUCACCCCCCCUUCAGGAGCGGUUGUGCGAUCAGAUCGAUCUAAGAUGGCGACUGUGGAACCGGAAACCACCCCUACUCCUAAUCCCCCGCCUUCAGAAGAGGAGAAAACAGAAUCUAAUCAGGAGGUUGCUAACCCAGAACACUAUAUUAAACAUCCUUUACAGAACAGAUGGGCACUCUGGUUUUUUAAAAAUGAUAAAAGCAAAACCUGGCAAGCAAACCUUCGGCUGAUCUCUAAGUUUGAUACUGUUGAAGACUUUUGGGCUCUGUACAACCACAUCCAGUUGUCUAGUAAUUUAAUGCCUGGCUGUGACUACUCACUUUUUAAGGAUGGUAUUGAGCCUAUGUGGGAAGAUGAGAAAAACAAACGAGGAGGACGAUGGUUAAUUACAUUGAACAAACAGCAGAGACGAAGUGAUCUGGAUCGCUUUUGGCUAGAGACACUGCUGUGCCUUAUUGGAGAAUCUUUUGAUGACUACAGUGAUGAUGUAUGUGGAGCUGUUGUUAAUGUUAGAGCUAAAGGUGAUAAGAUAGCAAUAUGGACUACUGAAUGUGAAAACAGAGAGGCUGUUACACAUAUAGGGAGGGUAUACAAAGAAAGGUUAGGACUUCCUCCAAAGAUAGUGAUUGGUUAUCAGUCCCAUGCAGACACAGCUACUAAGAGCGGCUCCACCACUAAAAAUAGGUUUGUUGUUUAAGAAGACACCUUCUGAGUAUUCUCAUAGGAGACUGCGUCAAGCAAUCGAGAUUUGGGAGCUGAACCAAAGCCUCUUCCAAAGCAGAGUGGACUGCAUUUAAAUUUGAUUUCCAUCUAAAUGUUGCUAAGAUAUAAGAGAAGUCUCAUUCGCCUUUGUCUUGUACUUCUGUGUUCACUUUUUUUUUUUUUUUUUUUUUUUUUGGCUAGAGUGUCCAUUAUCCCAAUCAAAGAAUUACAGUACACAUCAUCCCCAGAAUCCAUGAAUGUGUUCCUGGCCCACUCUGUAAUAGCUUAGUAGAAUUACCAUUAUAAACACAUUUUACCCAUCCACAAUAUUCAAAAAAGAACUUGCAUUUCUAUACCUUAAAGGAAAAAAUUCUGUUUAUGUUCCAUUGUAUGCAGGAGCAUAUUUUGCUGGUUUGAAAGAGUAUGAUGCAUACAGUUUUCUAGCAAUUUUCUUUGUUUCUUUUUACAGCAUUGUCUUUGCUGUACUCUUGCUGAUGGCUGCUAGAUUUUAAUUUAUUUGUUUCCCUACUUGAUAACAUUAGUGAUUCUGAUUUCAGUUUUUCAUUUGUUUUGCUUUUGUUUUUUUCCUCAUGUAACAUUGGUGAAGGAUCCAGGAAUAUGACACAAAGGUGGAAUAAACAUUAAUUUUGUGCAUUCUUUGGUAAUUUUUUUGUUUUUUUGUAACUACAAAGCUUUGCUACAAAUUUAUGCAUUUCAUUCAAAUCAGUGAUCUAUGUUUGUGUGAUUUCCUAAACAUAAUUGUGGAUUAUAAAAAAAAAAUGUAACAUCAUAAUUACAUUCCUAAUUAGAAUUAGUAUGUUUUUGUAUCUUUAUGCUGUAUUUUAACACUUUGUAUUACUUAGGUUGUUUUGCUUUGGUUAAAAAAUGGCUCAAGUAGAAAAGCGGUCCCAUUCAUAUUAAGACAGUGUACAAAACUGUAAAUAAAAUGUGUACAGUGAAUUGUCUUUUAGACAACUAGAUUUGUCCUUUUAUUUCUCCAUCUCUGUAGAAGGAAUUUGUAUUUCUUAUUGCCAGGCAGUCUCUAUUGUGUCUUAUAGUGUCUUCCACGUGAACAGCAUAAGUUUGGAGCACUAGUUUAUUAUGUUUAUUAUAAUUUUUAAUAAAUUGAAUAGGUAGCAUCAUAUAUAUGGAAUUAAAUUGAUGUGACUAUCUUUGUUUUUUUAUAAAGGAAGGCAUAGUCCUUCAGUCAUAGGUAAAUAAUGUACUCUUAAUGUAUUAAAACACAAGAGAAUUGUUAUCUUGGUGCAUUACCAUUUGAUUGGUAGGAAUGGUAGUUGUAAAACUUGGUUGCUGAAUUGAGAUGUUCUUUUGUAAGUGUGAAAAUGAUAGCAUAGGGAAAGAGUACAGGUGGUGGGGGCAUAUACAUUAAGAAUUUUGUUAGUGUUGCUGUCUAAAUAGAAUGGAAUAAACAGGUACGAAGACUUAUAUUUAUAUUGGUAAAUUGGUGUAGUAUGGUUUUAUGUAAAUUUGAAACGUGAUCUACUCUUUGUAGGCAUUUGAAAGCACAUUUGAAAAAUUUUGUAUAUAGUUGUGUAUUUCAGAUGCAGUAAAAUGAAAUGGCUAUUGUACACAAAAGAAUAAGCUAAACUUCUAGAUAGAAUGAAAAUGAUUAGAUGAGAGGAAAAUUUGUGUUCAAAUAGUCAUUAUGAAUUAAUCAUUUAAGAACUGAAAAGUUUGACAAAUUCCUUAAAGUAUACAUGAAAUUAAUAGUAUUGACUUCAUUGAAGAAUUUUAAAACUUCAGUUUAAAGGGUGCCACAGGCUACCAUCUGAGUACUCUCAAUACCACAGACACCUCUUGUUCAGUAUUCUAGAAACACUGAAUCUCUUGUGUUUAUAAUCUCACUAGACUCUAGCUAAUAUCUGCUGCUUAAGCUUGGGUGCUUGGUUAAGUGAUUUAUUGUCUGUGUUGAUAUGUGUAGUUGUGAGCACUUCAAGAGCUUGCUUAUAAGUGAUGGUGGUGUGUUGGCAAUGGGUGGGAUUGGAGUAGUAUAUCUAUUAGAAAUUAAUGCUCUAGUUCCUUAAUUCUAAGAUGCAGUCCAUUUGAAGAAGCAUCAGCUUUCAGGAGUGGAGGAGGAAUAAUGCAUUAAAUGUACACAUUUCUGAAUUUUAAAAAACCUGGUUUAUAACAAGCAUUUGAUUAUCCUUAUCAUUACCAUUUUAGAAUCAUAAUCAGUUUUAUUUUAAGUCUUUUCCCGGUGGGUGGGGAGGAUGAUAAAUUACUGAGUCACUUUUGGCAGAUGCCACAUAAGUAUUACAGUGACUUGCAACUUUUCAUAAUUUCAUUAGCGUCUUUUCUAAAUAUAAGAUUAGACUAUAUGAUUUUUCUAACUUUUUUCUCCCUGUCCAACAGGAUAUUAUAAAUAAAUAUAUUUUCAUAAUAGAGAAUUAAAAUCUUUUAACAGAAGAAUUGUAAUUAAUUGUAGGGUGUGACAUAUUUAACCAAUUUAAUUGUUAAUCCAAUUCUACAGAAGGAUUUGAGACAUACUGUAUAAGAAUUAAGUAAUUACAAUACUUAUGUAAUACUUACUUUGUGCCAGACAGUGUUCUAAGCACUUUACAUGCACUUUAACCUGCACAGUAAUUAUUUGAUGUAGGUGCUGUUAUCCCUAUUUUAUAGAUGAAACAGAAGCAGUGAGGAUGUAAGUCACUGUACCGCUUGUAAAUUGCAAAGUGUGGAUUUCAUUCCAGAGACCCUGUAAAUCACAUCAUACUCUUAAUAGUGUAGAGCCUAUCUUAAAGUCUAUGGUAAAUCACAUCAGAUUGUAGUCAUUUUAUAGGCCAGGCAUUUUACUUACAUUUUAUUUCCUUUGGUAAUGAAAACGUAAAAUAGACAGUCCCCCUAGGCUCACUCUGUUAGCAAUCAACUAAAUUAAUCAUCUGGAGGAGUUUUGAGAAUGUGGAGAAAAAGAUACAGGAGUUCACAGAUACUGUUCAGUUGUAUCAGUUAAGUGGAUAUUUUCAUAUACAACUUUUAAGUGUCUAUAUCCUGUUAUCUUCUAAAAUAAAUGGUAAAAUAAAGCAAAAUUUUCAAGUUGAUAGGAGUAAAGGUUCUUAAAUACCAUAGUUUGCAUUUAAAAGGAUAAUUUUCUAAGGCAGUGUGAUAAUGCGAUGUUUUACAUUUUAAAAUUAAAACAAGUUAAUGACAA